AUGGCUUCAUUAUCCACCUCGGACAUACUCGUCGUCGCACUAGGUCUAGUCCUUGGGACCCUUUACCUCUACAAAGAUUCACUCUUCUCGUCUAAAUCUAUCGAUGGAGGGUUUAAGCUCCCUAAUGGCAAUGCUGCCAUUGAUCCAAGGGAUUUCGUGGCCAGGCUCAAGCAACAGAAAAAACGCAUCGCCAUCUUCUACGGUUCUCAAACCGGCACGGCCGAAGAGUAUGCCAUCCGUCUCGCCAAAGAAGCCAAGUCCAAAUUCGGACUUUCCUCCCUCGUCUGCGACGCCGAAGAAUACGACAUUGACAAACUCGACACCUUGCCUUCGGACUGUUGUGUAGUCUUCGUGAUGGCUACGUAUGGUGAAGGAGAACCCACGGAUAAUGCUGUCCAACUUGUGUCCAACCUACGGGAUGAUUCGUUCGAGUUUUCGUCGGGGAAUGGACAUCGAGUAGAUGGUGUCAAGUAUGUUGUGUUUGGAUUGGGAAAUAGGACGUAUGAGCAUUAUAAUAUUAUUGGAAGGCAGGUUGAUGAGGCGAUGACGAAGAUGGGAGGAGUGAGGAUUGGAGAGAGAGGGGAGGGCGAUGACGAUAAGAGCAUGGAAGAGGAUUAUUUGGCGUGGAAGGAUGGGAUGUGGGAGGAGUUUGGGAAGGCUAUGGGGGUUGAGGAAGGUGCUGGUGGGGACACUCCUGAUUUUGUUGUUAGGGAGAUUAAAACGGCUGAUGAAGGGAAGGUUUAUCUCGGUGAACUAUCGGCUCGAGCUCUCAACAAGACGAAGGGUAUUCAUGACGCUAAAAACCCUUAUGCUGCCCCUAUCCAAUGCACCAAGGAACUUUUCGCGGUCUCGCACGCACGCCAUUGUGUUCACAUGGAGUUCAAUAUUGAAGGAUCAGGUCUAACGUAUCAACACGGAGACCAUGUCGGUAUAUGGCCCCCUAAUUCCGAGGUCGAAGUCACACGGCUACUAGCGACGCUUGGUUUACUGGACGUUGAUCCCGACUCUGGUGGAAAGUCGAAAUUAAGAUCCCAAACCGUUAUAGAUAUCGAAAGCCUUGACCCCGCACUCGCAAAAGUUCCCUUCCCAGUCCCUACGACGUACGACACCGUAUUACGGUAUUACCUUGAUAUUAGUGCUGUGGCUGGGAGACAAGUGCUGAACGUGUUGAGUCGGUAUGCGCCAAGCGAGGAGGCGAAGACCGUGCUCGGGAAGUUGGGAAGUGACAAGGCUUUUUACGGGGAGGUGGUUGCCGGAGGUUGCUUGAAGUUGGGUGAGGUGUUGCAGUUUGCCGCGGGUGACGAAGUUGCACCUGUUGGUGUCAAUAGGGAAGGGAAACUGACCAAGUGGAACAUCCCAUUCGACGUGAUCGUGAGUGCUUUGCCAAGGUUGCAGCCAAGGUAUUACUCUAUUUCGAGUAGUCCAAAGUUGUACCCCACUAGCAUUCACGUUACGUGCGUCGUGUUGACUUAUGAGAGUGAGGGGAGUAGUGUUGAUGAUCAAGGGCGGGGAGUUGGAGUUGAGAAGGGGAAGAGGGUGUUUGGAGUUGCGUCCAAUUAUUUGUUGAAUUUGAAGGGUGCUACGUAUGGAGAGGUGGAGGCUGGGGUUGAAGGACAAGGGCUGGUUGACGCAAACGGACAUCCGACGUAUGCGAUUGGUGGACCGAGGAAUGCGUACGCAUUUGGGCCUCGAUUGUACAAGGCGCCCGUUCACGUACGAAGGUCGGCGUUCAGACUCCCUACGAAUCCUAAGACGCCUGUGCUCAUGGUUGGGCCUGGAACUGGCGUGGCACCUUUCCGUGGAUUUGUCCAAGAACGAGUAGCCCUAGCUCGAAAGGCUCUUGAUAAAAAUGGUCCGGACGCGCUUUCCACCUGGGGACGUAUCCAGCUUUUCUACGGUUGCCGAUCAGAACAUGAAGAUUACUUGUACAGAGAUGAGUGGCCUGGGUAUAUGGAGGAGUUGAAGGGUAAAUUUGAGAUGCAUUGUGCGUUCUCGAGGUCUGGGAAGAGGAAACCGGAUGGGAGCAAGAUUUACGUGCAGGAUUUGAUUUGGGAUCAAAGGGAGACGAUUGGAAAGAUGAUUAGCAGUGGGAGUGAAGGAGGAAAAGGGUAUGUGUAUAUUUGUGGGGAUGCGAAAAGUAUGAGCAAGUCGGUUGAGGAGGUUUUGGCGAGGAUUUUGGGAGAGUUUGUGUUGGGGAAGGGGAUUGAGGAAGGGUGGGUAGAGUUAAAGGCUAUGAAGGAGAGGUCGAGGCUCUUGUUAGACGUUUGGUCUUAG